CUCCGGGUGCGUGUUGAGUUUCAAUGUCACUGUACAUCGAUUAAAUUUUCACUUUUGGAGUUACUAGAAGGAUUAAAAACGGGGGAGAAAAAUUACUCCGAUGAUUGGUGGCAAUAAUUUUCAAUAUAUCGGUGAAAAUCAGGCUAAACUCCAGAGGAUGGCGAUGGGUUACGAUGACUACUAUGACUCCUCCUGGCACCUGAUCCCACCUGAUUACGUUUCCAACGAGGAUGACUACAGACUGCUGGAGACCAUGAAAAUGCCAGUGGCAACCAGAACUAGCUCGGGAUUCAAUAUUAAUGACAUUCUCCAGCUGAAUGAGGCCAAACCACCAGCACCGGAGGACAGCAAUGGAACCCCGACAACUCUACCAUCCCCAAGUGAACUGCCGUCGGCAUACCAGCAAUUCCUGGAGCACACCUCAGCAAUUCUCCCUGGUCUGCACAGUAACCUCCGAGGAAGUCUGCCGCCGCCUCCACCACCGCCACCCCCAGGACUACCACCACCAGGUCUCCUAGGCUGGCCGACGGGUCCGAUUCUGCCUGUAUCAAUGCCACAGACUCUCGCCGAAAUGACCGUUCACCAACAACAACAGAGCCAGCAACAGCAGCCGGACUCGACGAGUCCAACAAUUUCCGACUUGUCAUUCCCCUCUCACCAAGACAAUGGCAAUGAAUCAUCGAAAGACGAGGAGCAGGACUUCGAGGAGAUGGAGGAGCAUCAGUUGGAUGACAGGAAUGAUGAGAACGACAAGCGAUCGCAUGACCCCAACGAUUCGUCUCACUGUAGCAAGAAGCAGAGGAAACGUCGGGUGUUAUUUUCAAAAGCCCAGACUUAUGAGUUGGAGAGACGAUUCAGACAGCAGAGGUAUCUUAGUGCACCGGAGAGGGAGCAUUUGGCUUCUAUCAUCUGUUUGACACCGACACAGGUGAAGAUUUGGUUUCAGAAUCACAGGUACAAGACGAAACGCGCACAGAAUGAGAGGGUGGAGGCUGGUGGCAGUGGAUGCUCACCGAGAAGAGUUGCUGUUCCGGUUCUGGUGAGGGAUGGAAAACCAUGCCCAUCAAAAUUAAUUGACUCUGGUUAUCCCAGUGGUGCUGGACAGGUAUCCAUGGGUGCGCCAUACAUGCAGAAACCUUACUGGUGGUGAAAAUCAGUUCUCAUCAUCUGUUUUUAUCAGAGAUACUAUCACAAUUUGUGCAAGUGAACGUUGGAGAGUCAUCUGUGACAUAAGUAUUGUAUUUGUAAUAUCAUUCAGAUUAUCUGUCCCGGCACACCGCAAUUUCAUGACGACUUGUGUAAUUGCGUUAUCGCCUUGGUAGGACAAGGACGGCACAAUUUUUAUAUCUCGCUGAUAAUUCGGAGAUUGAGCUACUUUUUUUUUUUCUCGUCUACUGGGGAACACGUGUAUGGAAUCACGAAAAAAAAUUUUGACAACCUCUGGGGGUCACACAAUGGGACAAAUCCAAGUGAAAUUCAAAUUAUAUCAUGCGAAAUUGCGAUGGGUGAUCAGUCGAAAUAUUAGGUUUAGGAUGAUCGAAAAGUGGGACUUAUCGAUCCAGAGUUUUAUGGUGAUGUUCGCAAUUCUCGUUAACUUAUAUCACGAUAAGUAUUUAUUGUAGCAGGUUGUAUAUAUGUACAUUAUGUAUGAUAAUAGUGAAAUAUAAUAUAUAACCGCAG